GUGCGAGCUGGAGGAGUAUACAGGCUGCUGGGGUGUGCAAUCGCAACGCAAAAAAAAAAAAAAACAAGGCGCAGCUUCGGAUCGCAUCGCAUCGCAUCGCAUGGCGUGUGAGAGAGCGCAUUAUAGCGGCAGUAGUGAGUGUACGCGUGGUGUUUGGGGGGCUGUUAGCGUUAGUAAUCACAGCAGCACACUGAGACAGGAGCGCGAGCGUCUCGGAGCGGAGGAAUACCCGCAGCUUUUCUUCCUGUUCAGGGGUUUUGUUUUGUUUUCAAGCAAACAAACAAACAAACAAACCCGCUUUACGCUAUAACUCCUGACACCUGAUUUUCCGUGUUUUUUUUUUUUUUUUCCCGUAACUUCCGCACAGCUCGAGCGCUUCUGUCCCUGCUGAGGACGCACGCGAGGACGCACGCGCACACGCACGCGCGCGUGUGUGUUUUUUUUUUUUUUUUUUUAAUUGUUGGUAAGUUUUUCGCUCUUUUUGACUCUGAGUUUGGUGUCUGCACUCUGUAAAAACACUUCUUCAGGGAACCCGUGGAACUGUCGAAGUGCUUUCGGUUGUUUGUUGUUUGUUGUUGUGGGUGUUUAUUUGUUGUUUCGGACGCACGCGCUGCUCGGUCGUCAGGAGCUUGUGUUGCUAAGGAGACCGAGGAGUUCAGAGAAAUCGCUGCUCAGCUCUGAGUAAAUAACUUUGUUUACUCUGUUUACUUUAUAAAGUUAGCCAUAAACUACUUUUUUUUAAGGAAGGAGUUACUAUUUACUGUACAGAAAUGCAAAACUGAAAGAGCUAGUAAAAGUCAGUCAGGGAUUAAAUCCACUGAGUGUUGCUGUGAUGGCGCUUGAGGAUGUUUCUGUAUCCUUUGUGUACCUGGACCUGCCCCUACAGAGACGAACAUCGGUUGAACAUUUUUCCCCCUCAGGGACAGGAUUUGGUAUGGCAGUUGUACAUUGCACAAGCCAAGCACUCUGAAGCCAAGGCAGAAGUGGCCCUUCAAGCAGCAAGGCAAUUACUCUUACAGCAACCGGGCAGUGGCCUGAAGUCUCCAAAGAACAACGACAAACAGCGUCCACUGCAGGUGCCAGUGUCAGUGGCCAUGAUGAGUCCACAGGUCAUCACUCCACAGCAGAUGCAGCAGAUCCUUCAGCAGCAGGUCCUCUCGCCUCAGCAGCUCCAGGCACUUCUACAGCAACAGCAGGCAGUCAUGCUGCAGCAGCAACACUUGCAGGAGUUCUACAAGAAGCAGCAGGAGCAGCUUCACCUCCAGCUUUUGCAGCAACAGCACCCCAGCAAACAGGCAAAAGAGCAACAGCAGCAGCAGCAGCAUCAGCAGCAGUUAGCGGCACAGCAGCUGGUCUUUCAGCAGCAGCUCCUGCAGAUGCAGCAGCUUCAGCAGCAGCAGCACUUGCUCAGCAUGCAGCGGCAGGGCCUGCUUCCUCUGCCCCCAGGCCCUGGACAGAGUGCCCUCCCUGCGCAGACUCUCCCACCAGCAGGCCUGAGCCCCGCCGAGCUCCAGCAGUUGUGGAAGGACGUGACCAGCAGCCACACCAUGGAGGAUAAUGGCUUGAAACACAGCGGCCUGGACCUCAGCACUACCAACUCUUCCUCCACUACCUCCUCCACCACCUCCAAAGCUUCUCCACCAAUCACCCAUCACCCCAUGUCCAACGGCCAGUCCCCGGCUAUCAACUCCCGCAGAGAGAGCUCGUUACAUGAAGAGACUGGAGCAUUACACUCACAUUCCCUCUAUGGUCAUGGAGUGUGCAAAUGGCCGGGCUGUGAGAGCAUCUGCGAGGACUUUGGACAGUUUUUAAAGCACCUUAACAGUGAGCAUGCUCUAGACGACAGGAGCACAGCACAGUGCCGGGUCCAAAUGCAGGUGGUGCAGCAACUAGAGAUACAGCUUUCUAAAGAACGUGAGCGUCUUCAGGCAAUGAUGGCCCACUUGCACAUGCGGCCCUCAGAGCCCAAGCCAUCUCCUAAACCGCUGAAUCUAGUGUCAAGCAUGACCAUGUCGAAGAAUCUGCCAUCUGUGUCACCCCCAAACCUCCCCCAGACCCCCACCACCCCCACCACCCCAAUCACACCACUGAGCCAAAUGCCCCAGGUGCCCUCUGUCCUGAGCCCCGCCAGCGUGCCGAGCAUGGGCGCCAUGCGCAGACGCCACUCUGACAAGUACUCCAUGGCACUAUCGUCAGAAAUUGCCCCAAACUAUGAAUUUUAUAAGAAUGCGGAUGUCAGACCACCGUUCACGUAUGCAACGCUCAUCAGGCAGGCUAUCAUGGAUUCGAAAGACAUGCAGUUAACACUUAAUGAAAUCUACAGCUGGUUCACGCGCACCUUUGCAUACUUUAGACGCAACGCUGCCACUUGGAAGAAUGCAGUGCGCCACAACCUCAGUCUGCAUAAGUGUUUUGUGCGGGUGGAGAAUGUGAAGGGAGCAGUGUGGACAGUGGAUGAGAUGGAGUACCAGAAACGCAGAUCUCAGAAGAUAACAGGGAGCCCGACACUGGUGAAGAACCUGCCACCCAGUCUGGGUUAUGGAGCAGCUCUUAAUGCAAGCCUGCAGGCGGCUCUGGCAGAGACCUCUUUGCCCUUGCUGGGUAACACAGGUUUGAUGAACAGCAGCGCGUCAGGUCUGAUGGGUGCCAGUCCUCCAGGUUUGCUGAGUGGAAGCCCACCUAGCCUUUUACAGAGCAGCACCAACGACGAGCUCAACGGCUCCCUCGAGCACCUCGACACGAAUGGUCACAGCAGCCCCGCCUACUCCCCACACACCCACAUGCCUCCAGUUCACGUCAAGGAGGAGCCACUCAACAUGGACGAUGAUGACUGUCCAAUGUCACUGGUGACGACAGCCGAUCACAGUCCAGAGCUGGAUGAGGAACGAGAGCUCGAGGAGGGAAAUCUAUCAGAGGACUUGGAGUGAUGGUUCUCUCUGCCCUCGUUUCCUGGGACUCUGUCCACCCUGAGAAGCCAGCCCCUCUAACCACUCCGCAACCACAGAAAGGCAGCAAACAGAAGCGAGGAAUAUUUAUUUAGAAAGCGUCCAGGAGACUGUCCCAAAGAAACACUUUGAGGCCCUUUGAGGACCGCAUAAGAACAGGCUUCAUAUGUCUGCCUUUUAAAUGAUAAUGAAAAUAGGACAAGAUUGCAUUCAGAUUGCUUGGCCACUUCAUACCGCGCACAUCAGACUCAUGGACAAAAACUAAAAGAAAGAACUUGAGUCUUUUCUGUAGAAACGUUGAUGGCCACAUAUACUGCCAAAAAGUUGAAAUUUGUGAAUAUCCGACCCACAGUAGUCUCUGAUGUUAGAUACAAUUGCUGGUUCAAUUCAAGUUGUUGCUAUGUUAUUAUUUGCACAGGAGUAGUACCAGAAAUUAGUCUCACUGCCUGUAUGUUGCGAAACGCUUUAAACAACAGUAUUUCUUCUUCUUCUUUUUUUUCCCUUUUACAAAGCUUAUGUUCCUUUAUGUUUACAACACCGACUGUAAAUGCCAUUUUUAAAGUCACACCAAUAACAAGACCUGCGGUAUCAAGACUGUUGCAGCUGUCCAAAAAAGUCUCCAGUGUCUCUCUAUCUCUGUUUGUGCUGAAAAGUGAAAUGUGAUAACUGAGUUGAAAUGUAAAUGUUUGUGUAAGCAUCAUGCUGAGGAAAAAAAAAAAGUGCAUUUCUGCAUAUUCUCUUCUCUAGUCUCUUUACCUCCUUGUUCUAAAGCUUUGUCUACCUGCAAAGAGUCACAGGCAACAGCUAGAAACCAAAGCCAACACUAUCAAUGGCCAAUAGCUUAGACAGAAGCCACAGACUCUUUGGUCAUCCUUCUGUGACUUUAACUAGUACAAAGAAAAGUUUUUUUGUUUGUUUUUAGUUCUGCUAACUACCUUUGAAUAACCUCGGGGAUCACAUCAUUUAGCCCUGUAUAAAGAUUUGAAAGAAGACAGUGAGUUUAAGUUUCAUUUAAUUCCAGUUGGAGAGUUCCCAUUGACCACUUAUUCAGUCCAGAAAGAGGGAUGUGGCCUGGCUAGCGGUAGAGAGCAGCUAGACAUGGAUCAUGACCAAAACAACCAUUUGUGUGUCCGUGAAAGUGCAAAAUUGUGUUUGUUUACACACACCAUACACACAAAUAUACACGAUAGUUUUAUUUUCUUCAUUGAUUGUCUCCCAUUUUCUCGGGUUUUUUUUCUUAACUAGUGAAAUGUAUUGUACAGUGGGACUGAUCUGUCAUGUCUUCUAUCUGUAUGGUUUUCUUCUCAGAUCUGUGUCAAUGCCGAAACUAAAAACAUAGGAACCAAACUUUGAGAUAUCUAGUAAAGCCAAAAAGCGUCAUGAUUUCAAGGUGAAAUGAUGUGGCUUGGUUAUCUUUUAAAAGCAAAUAAUAUAGCCAUUAUAAAAGAGGAGAUCGAUGUCAAGAACCUUUUCUAGGUGAUAUUUGCUUUCCUUUAUAGAACUCGUUGUAUAAUCCGUAUCCUGAUACAGUUGGUUCUUAACAGAGGCUACAGUAUAUUCUCUGUAGAAAUAACCAACAUUUUGUAUUAGAUUGGAGUUUCGUGUUCCAUUUGAUCACAGCUUAUGUCAUCUAGAAAAGGGGUUGUUGCUUUAACAGUCCUUUCUGUUUUCAAUCAAACCAAAGUUACACAAAAUUCUGCCUCCUCUUUUAUGAGAUAGAGAUGCUAGCAUGCAAAGCUCUUGUAAGGUUCACUGAAGCCCAGGAUUUUUCACUCUGCUGACUUUUCCGGUCCUCGUUCAAACCUAAAAUCUAAAACAUGACAAAUAUUGUACCUGAAAAGUCAAAGUAUAUUUUGUGCAUAACAAAAUAUGUGCAGUUAUUGCUUUCCAGUGUUGUUUUAGCCCAGAUACACAUACUUACACCAGUUCAGCUCAAAGAAGAAGCUGGAUCCAGGAACAAAGCUUAUCCCUCAUGCUUCGCUGGAAAUUGACUUGAAGAUGACGUUCAUAUUAAUUUUAGCACACCAAAUAUAAGGACGUAGCUUCUUUGGAAAAAAGAAAAAAAAAGGGUUCUCCCACUUAUCCAAAAAGGCUUUCUAAAAGGUUCUACCUCUUCACCAUGAUUUCAGAACAAAUAAGGCAGAUUGCAUGAGAUAAUAGAAAGCUACAGGAGCCAACAUGUUCUCCUCCACUCGUCCCAUCAGACAUUGCCAAUACAGUUUACAUUCCCAAUGCCAGAGAUGGAAGGUUUGCAUUGUCACAGGUUGUCCUGGAACAUUUGUAGAAUGAUUAUGUAAACAUAUACCUGUAAGGGGAUAUUGUGGUUUUUGUUUGUUUGGGGUUAUUAUUAUUAUUAUUAUUUUUUAUAAAAAUGCAUGUCUAAACUCAUGUGAUGGACUGGAAAUAUAAUUUUUAAAAAAAUUUAAAAAAAAAGAGAGAGAGAGAGAUCAGGAUGGUGGCCUAAGUGUACAAUGCAUAAAAUAUGCAUACCUCAGCCCUACUGUUUUUGGGAAGGAUGGAUAAGAAUGAACUUUCAACCACAGAAUGCAUAUUACCUGUAGAUUUUGCAUGGGUUUUGUAAAAAAAAAAAAAAAUCAACAACAAUAAUAAUAAACUAAAAAAAAUAAAAAUGUCUAAAAUUGUUGCUUGCACAUAAUACCAGAAAGACCUCCAGAUCUGCAAUCUGCUCCUCCACUAGAUUUAGGAUUGUCUGGAUUUUUCUGGGAUGAUUUUGUCUGUAUUUUGAUAAUUGUGCAUAUUAUGUAAAAAGAUUUAAAAAAUGUUGGUGGAUUCAUGAAUUUACCAGACAUUUUUUUUCUAAGCUAAAAGAUCAGUGUUUCUUUUUUCGGGAAUUUCAUGACUUUUUACUGUUGUCAUCUUGCUUGCUGAGAAUAGCAAACCUGCUUAUUUCCUGCAUCUGCAUUGCGUAGCUGUAAGGCUUUACCUAAUGUGUGUAUUUAUUGCUUGUACCUCUGUGCAUACGUUAUGGAACAUUAUGUCUGGCCGUUGAGUCAUGUAUCCUUUCUAUUACUAUCAUUCUUUGAUGAUGGGGAAUAUGAUCCUCUGUGUAUACGGUAAAUUGGGACAGUAGCAAAGAAAAAAACAUGUUUAUGUAAUUGGUGAAUACUUUUUUACAAAUUUGUUUUUCUUUAUUUCUUUGAAGGUUAACUCAUUUUUUUUUAUACUUUUCAUUACCGUGUACUGUGUCCAUACUUUCAGAGAGUAGAGAUCAUGAUGGAGAAUUGUA